GAAGAUGUCCUGGAGCUGCACAUCCACGGCGGCACAGCCACCAUUAAAGCCGUCUUGGCAGCUAUCCCUCAGUGUCCCUCGAAGCAUCGGAUUCGAUACGCUGAGCCUGGGGAGUUUACCAAGAGGGCGUUCCUGAAUGAUCGACUGGAUCUCGCACGAGUUGAGUCUCUGGGAGACAUUCUCUCUGCAGAGACGGAGCAGCAGCGGCGGGCGGCAGUCAGGGGUACCUCAGGAAAACUGGCUCGCACCUACGAAGGUUGGAGGGAAGAGCUUCUCCUGGCCCGAGGCGAGAUUGAGGCUCUCAUUGACUUUUCAGAGGACCAGCAUUUCGAUGAGUCUCCUGCUGACCUGCUUCACAACGUGGCAGAGAUUGUAGACAACAUCCUCCGGGGCAUACGCUUGCACGAACGGGGCGGCCAGAGGAGCGAGCUGCUGAGGAGCGGCAUCCGGAUAGCACUGCUGGGGCCGCCCAACGUGGGCAAAAGUUCGCUGAUGAACUUGAUCGUUGGCCGUGAGGCUUCGAUUGUGUCAGGCGAGGCCGGCACCACACGAGACAUUGUGGAGGCCAGCCUCGAUAUUGGAGGAUACCUGUGCUCGUUUGCGGACACGGCCGGCUUCAGGUCGAGCCAUGAUCUGGGUCCAUCGAGCCCGGUCGGGGCCGUGGAGCGAGAAGGAAUCCGGCGGGCAAGGCAGAAAGCACAGGAAUCAGACAUUGUCGUCGUCCUGGCCUCGCUCGAGAGCGGCCCGUCUGGGCCGACCAUUCUCUUCGACCAGGAGACGCUGGAUAUUGCGGCCGCUGCCCAGGCCCGCCUGAUUGUGGUCAACAAGAGAGACACGGUCAGUCCAACGGAGCUGCAACGGCUGCUAGAUGAAUUUCGUCAAACAUUAGGCGAAACGGUGCCAGAGCUGGCAUCAACACAUAUAGCCGCCAUCUCGUGCAAGGAGGCCAGCAGCAUGAGCUCUGCCGAGCAGAGCCAGGAUCCCGGGGGCAUUCACGCCCUGACAGAGGCCAUGGUAGGCACCUUUUCGCAAAUGACAGAGAUGCCCGUUGAUUUACAGGAUCUGCUGGGUGUGACGGCGCGCCAGGCACAGCUCCUGGCCAGGUGCAGGGGCCACCUGGAGGAGUUCCUGGCGGAAGCGAGGCCGGAGGAUGAGGGAGUCGAGGCGGAUACGGUGCUGGCGGCGGAGUAUCUGCGUUAUGCGGCGGACUGCCUGGCGCGCAUCACGGGCAAGGGCGAGGCUGGGGAUGUGGAAGACGUGCUGGGUGUGGUGUUUGAAAAGUGA